AUCACGUCCGCCGACAGCCAUGGGCCAGUUUGAGCAAGUGCCAAUUGCGUCUCCGUCGGCGUCGCUCGUGAUGAAGGCUGCACAGAAGGACCUCGAGCGCGACCUCGCGCAGCGCAAGCUCGAGUGGGCGUGCGUCUUUUGCAUCGUCUUUAUGAUCGCCGAGUUCGUUGGCGGCUACGUCGCGGGCAGCCUCGCCAUCAUGUCGGACGCCGCGCACCUCCUCAGCGACGUGCUCGGGUUUCUUCUCUCGCUCUUCGCCUUGUACCUCUCCAAGUUUCCUGCGACGCGCGUCAUGCCGUUUGGCUACAAGCGCGCCGAGGUCCUCGGCGCCCUCGGCAGCAUCCUCCUCAUUUGGCUACUGACGCUCGGCCUCGUCUGGGCUGCGAUUGAGCGCAUCAUCUUGCUCACACGCGCGCCGCUGCCAGGCGAGAUCAUCCCGCAGGUCAACGGCAAGGUCAUGUUCUGCGUCGCGCUGCUCGGCCUCGCCGUCAACAUUGCGCUCAUGAAGAUUCUCGGACAUGGCCACAGCCACGGCGGCCACGGUCACAGCCACGGCAGCACCAGUCACGGUCACAGCCACGGCAGCAGUAGUCACGGUCACAGCCAUGACGGGAACCAGGCUGCCACAGAGGCCCAUGGCCACAGCCACGGUGCCUGCGACCACGACCACGAUCAUCAUGAUCAUGAGGAAAUCCACGAUGAUGCUGUUGCGCAUGACCAUCACGACCAUGACCAUGAUCAUGAACACGCCAAGGAAGAUGGCGAUGACGCGUGCACGUCACGCGAGUCGAUGACGGCGAUUGACGUCGACGAUGAGCCCGAGCCCGAGACCCACCUCACGGCGGCGUCGUGCGGUGGCCACGAAAACCUCAACGUGCGCGCAGCGUACUUGCACGCGCUCGGCGACUUUCUGCAGAGCCUCGGCGUGUGUAUAGCGGGUGGCCUCAUCUGGUAUAAUCCCUCGUGGCAGCUCUGCGACCCGAUCGUGACGCUGCUCUUCUCGAUCAUUGUCGGCGCGACGACCAUCGGUAUUUGCAAGACGAGCCUUCUCGUGCUCAUGGAGGGCACGUCCAUCGAGCUGGAUUUGGCGGGUAUUGAAGCCACGAUUCAGUCGGUGGCGACCGACUACCACGACCUCCGCGUGUGGUCGGUCUCGACCGGUGCGUAUGCGCUCACGGUGCAUGUGGUCAGCCCUUCGUCGACGUCGGUGGUGGCGACACUCCAGCAGCGUCUGCUGUCGCUGCACGGCUUUGAGUGUCUCUCGAUCCAAGUCGAGACCGCGGCCGACGCGGAGCGCUGCCCCUUCAACGAGAAGGAGGCGGCGGCCAUGUGCAUGGUUUAGCACCGUCGCAUCAAAACUAGAGUUAGGACCUCCCAUAAACUUGCUAUGCCACACCAUGAUACAUUGC